UUUCCUGUGACUCUAUCCUUGCACUAGUUGCUCUUUUUUUGCUGCGAUGCUCUAAAUCCAGGACAACAUCUUGCUCCUAUUUUUGCACGGAGACUGUGGCCACACCAGCUCUCUUUUAUACCUGGGUGGGUGCCCACCUCUUGCUGAGCAUCUAAGGACAAGGAAGGAUGUAUCUUCGGCUGCAAACACUUUUCCAAAGGAAAUUUAAAGUCGGCCUCCUCUUUCUCCUGCUCUUUGCACUCCUGGUGCACCUGGCGAUGGAUGUGGCUCUCCCCACAGCCUACAGGCACUGCGGCUGCAAUGCAAAAGCCUCUGGUGUGCCCUCAGGCAGCCCUGUGCUGGCCAGCCCCAAAAAACUGAGCCUGCGAAUCCUUCAGGAUUUCAGCGGCAGCAAUGUCUCUUGGGAGAAAAGCUCCCAGCUGCAGGGAGCGGGGCUGCACACAAGGGCUGGAGAGCUGGGGGUCUGGCACCAGCAGGGAGAGGGGAACGUGGAACAGACCAAAGGAUCAAAGCUGGCGGCACUCUUCCAGCAUCCUCUUUACAACAUCCCAAUCCCAGAGGUGACAGAGAAGGACAAGCUGUUUGUCGUCAACCCCAUGGAAAAGUUCAGCCUGCGCAGCAGCGGGAGUGACGAAUGGGUCAGCAGCAGUAAAGCCGAAGCACUCCUCCCGACAGGGAAGACAGCCUAUGACACCUACCCUGCCUGGCUCAAAUUCCACAUUGGCAUCAACCGCUAUGAGCUGUACCCCCGACAGGACCCCCUGAUGCCCACCCUCCUCCGGGACUUGGCCACACAGAGGAUCAUCAGCUCGGUACAGAAAUCUGGUGGGACCCAGCUCAAGCUCAUCAUGACGUUCCCGAAUUACGGGCAGGCCCUCUUCAAGCCCAUGAAACGCGGAACCAGGAGACCCCAAUUGACUUCUUCUACUUCUCAGACUUUGAGCGGCACAAUGCAGAGAUUGCAGCCUUCCACCUGGACAGUUCUGUGUUUCAGGAUACUGGAUUUUCGGCGAAUCCCUCCAGUUUCUGGCCGAUUGGUCAAUAUAACAAAGGAGAUUCGUGACAUCACCACAGACAAGAAACUGGCCAAGACUUUCUUCAUCUCCCCAGCGGGCAACGUCUGCUUCUACGGCGAGUGUUCCUACUACUGCUCCACCGAGCAUGCCCUCUGUGGCAAGCCAGACCAGUUGGAGGGCUCCAUGGCCACCUUGCUGCCUGACAAGACCUUGGCCAAGCGCCGCUCCUGGCGCAGCCCCUGGCGCCGCUCCUACCACAAGAGCAAGAAGGCUGAGUGGGAGCUGAACCCCAAGUACUGUGCUCAGGUGCGAGAGACACCACCCUAUGACAGGGGCCAUCGCCUCCUUGACCUCAUCGACAUGACGGUCCUCGAUUUCCUUAUGGGCAACAUGGACCGGCACCACUACGAGACCUUUGAGAAAUUUGGGAAUGACACCUUCCUGCUCCACCUGGACAAUGGCCGUGGCUUCGGCACGCACUCGCGCGACGAGCUGUCCAUCCUGGCUCCCCUCCAGCAGUGCUGCAGCAUCAAGAAGUCGACCUACCUGCGGCUGCAGCUGCUGGCCACCCAGCCCUACCGCCUGAGCGACCUGCUGCGGGAGGCAUUGGCCACCGACCCUUUGGACCCGGUUCUGGCUGAGCCCCACCUGCGGGCGCUGGACCGGCGCCUGGGGAAGGUGUUGGCGGUGGUGGGACGCUGCCUGGGCAGGGCUGCCCGCCCAGACGAAGUGCUGGUGGAUGACAUGGGGUCACGGGUGUGAUAGGGAAGUUUGGUACCCCCACAGAGGUGUUUCGGCACGAUCAGGGGGACUGGUGUGCAGCUCUGACUCCGUGUAGCACCAGCUUUCAGCAGCAUUGGAGAGGGUGGCAAGAUGCACCAGGAAAGUGGGAUGUAAAGUCAGGGCAGGAAGGGUAUUUAAAUAAAAAGGUUGGUCUAGUGAAGCAGA